GUAACCCCUGUCUCGCGUCGGGUUGUCUCCGGCCCCCACUCGGCGGGGUAAAUUCCAUAAUUUAGAGUCACUACGAGUACUUACAACCGCUUCAAACGCGACAUCGAAUACAACUCCACCAAGAACCUCAAUCUACUCAUCGCAAACAUGGCAGACCAAGCCGCCGAACCCCCUUCCAAAUCCGCCCUCAAAAAGGCUGAAAAGCAAGCCAAAAUGGUCGCCGACAAACUCGCGAAAGUUAGCAAGCAAGCAGCUCUCCCCGUCGUUGGAGGCAAGAAGGUAGACGAUAUCAUCGGCAUUACGGUUUCCAAGUCGGACAACUUCUCAGCAUGGUAUCAGGAGGUUGUGCUCAAGGCCGAGAUGAUUGAAUACUACAACGAGAUUUCGGGGUUCUUCAUCUUGAGACCUAGUAGUAUGUAUAUUUGGAAUACGAUCAGGAAGUGGUUCCAGGAGCGCAUUGAGGCGAUGGAUGUCGAGGAGGCUAGUUUUCCUAUGUUUUUGAGCAGUAAGAGUUUGGAGAAGGAGAAGGACCAUGUUGAGGGGUUCGCGCCCGAGUUGGCUUGGGUUACGAAGGCGUGAGUUAUUCUUUUCUCUGUGCGCGGGAGGAUUUACCCCGCCAUGUUUGGAGCAGAUACUGACUCAAUGUCUAGCGGUGAUAAGGACCUCGAGGUUCCUGUUGCUGUCCGUCCUACUUCCGAGGCCGUCAUGUACCCAUACUACUCCAAAUGGAUUCGAAGUCAUCGGGAUCUUCCCCUGAAGCUUAACCAGUGGAAUAGUGUGGUUCGAUGGGAGGCCAAGCAAACCACCCCUUUCCUGAGAGCACGAGAAUUUUUAUGGCAAGAAGGUCAUACCGCGCAUUUGACUGAGAAGCUGGCUGGGAUUGAGGUUCGGGAAAUUUUGGAGUUAUACGCAGGCGUUUACGAGGAAUUGCUUGCAGUUCCAGUUGUUCGCGGUACGAAGACCGAGAAGGAGAAGUUUGCUGGAGGAUAUUAUACCACAACCGUUGAAGGAUAUAUCCCAUCCAAUGGACGUGGUAUUCAAGGAGCAACCUCCCACUGCUUGGGUCAAAACUUUAGCAAGAUGUUCGAUAUUACAGUUGAAGAUCCCUCCCCAAAGGUCGACGGUGCUGAAAAGCUUCCACCAGUCCACGUAUGGCAGAACUCCUGGGGUCUCUCCACCCGAGUCAUUGGUGUGAUGGUCAUGAUCCACGGUGACGACAAAGGAUUAGUUCUCCCUCCACGAAUUUCUAAACUUCAAACAAUAAUCAUCCCCGUGGGAAUCAACAAAAAGACCACCCCAGAAGCUAAAACCAAACACUACAACCAACUCCAAGAACUAAAAGACACCCUCAAGAAAGCUGGUGUCCGAACUGACUAUGAUAUCCGUGACUCCUACACCCCAGCCUGGAAAUUCAACGACUGGGAACUCAAAGGUGUCCCCCUCCGUCUAGAAUACGGCCCCAGAGACGCAGAACAGAAUCAAGUAGCCUACGCCCGUCGCGACACCGGAGAAAAAGGCACCAUUCAAAUCGCCACUCUCGCAACCGACAUCACUACCCUCCUCGAGACCAUCCAAAAAGACAUGUACACCAAAGCCGAAGCCGCCUUCCGCGCUCACCGUCUAGUAAUCACCAAGUGGGAAGAAGUAGUCCCCGCCCUCGACGCCAAGAACGUCGUCCUCAUCCCCUGCUGUCUCGCCGAAAAGUGCGAAGACAAGAUCAAGGAUUUGACGACGGGGAAGCAGGAAGAUGCGGAGGUUGGUCCGGAUGGGAAGAAGGCUCCCAGCAUGGGAAUGAAGAGUUUGUGUAUCCCCUUUCAGCAACCCGAGGGUCUGGUCAAGGGCGAGACCAAAUGUCUUAAUCCCGAGUGUGGGGCUUUGGCUAAGGAGUGGUGUAUGUUUGGACGAAGCUACUAGGUGUUGAACGUGUGGCUGUCUAGGAGUUUUUGAGGGAUGUUAGGGUUGGGAGCGGGGUAUGGAACGGAGAUUUUUCCCUUUUUUAUGAGUUGAGGGGUAGACGGUGGUGGGUUUUACGAAGAUAUGAGGGUUAUGAUACUUCAACUUUUGCGUGGCUUCUCAUGUCGAAGGGAAAACUUGGUAUUUGAGAAAAAACAAACGUCACCAAAGCAGAUGAAGAUAAGUAGAAAUGAACGAGCAUU